CUCAGCUCAGGUACCGGCGAGUGGAGUGGUGUAUCUCAUCCUGUCUUCGCCUCCUCUUCUCCCUUCUCAAACCUUCUCCUCUCCUCUCCUCUCCAUUCCAUUUGCCACUUAUCCCUCCCUAUGCUGGAGCUUCAAUGGCGGAGAAUGCCAGUGGUGGUGGUAAUCAGGGCUUCGCUGUGCUUACUAAGAAAAGGGCCGAGGGUAGAGAUGAAAGUGAUCGGAAGCUCAAUCCUACUAACAACCAUCUCUUCUGUACAGGUAUCAUAAACAUUUGCUUUAGUCUGCCGUUUUCUGUGUUCUCUUAGAUAUGAACUGACGAAAGCUUUGCUGAUUGUCAUGAAGAUCGAACCUUUUCUUCAUGGGCCUUGAUGGUUUUGGGUAAUCAUAGGUUUUGGUCAAAACUUUGGUGUGUUUCAUGAAUAUCGAUCUUGAGAUUGAAUUAUGCAGAAUGCAGGCGGAAGGGAAGCAUGCUAUUUGUGGCCACUUGAAAUUGCACAGCAUAUUCUUGCUUGUGUCACUUGAAUUAAGCUUGUGGAACUGUGAAGAAUAUGCUUGGUUCUGUCCCUUGAAUUAGCUUGUGCAACUGUGAUAUGUGGUGAUUACCAUGUAUCUUCCUGUCACAAUUGUUGGACCAUGAUCAGAUUGCAAUUAUAGAAAAGCAAUACCACCCAAGAUAAUACUGUAACAAGUGUGUAUUCGAUGUUUAAUUUUACUGUCAUCCGCACUCUCCCUGAAGUCUUUGCUUGGCUAAUUAUAUCCUGAUAACAAGGAAAAUAACUCUCUAUGCUCAAUUUUUUUGUCAGAUUGAUCUUAAAUUUCUCUCCCAUUUCUGCUCAGAAACAGCUGGUGGAAUUCCAGGACUGUUGUUAACUUUGGCUGGCAUUGGAGCCAGGUAAGGGAAUGCGGGCAAGUGUUGGUAUGGAAGCAAAUCUAUGGACCCUAUUGUGCUCGUCGAAGAUGAAGUCGUCAAAAAUGUCAGCCGCCCGGCUGAGAUUUUCGUCAGGAGUACUUGAAGUAAAGCCGGGUGAUAUGGCUGCUAACUGCCCAAGAUUAUGGGCAAGUUAGACGCUGGAAAGACCAAGGUCCUCGUUUUGGACAUGGGCCCAAACACAGCUAACUACAAUUUUGGAAAAUCAGUGAUGUCAGAUCGUGACAACAUCAUUCUGCACCUGAGCAAUGUAAUGGGUCCUCUUGUUCCAGGUCCAGCAGUCCUCCUUGUUGAUUGCCUGACAGAGGCUCAUGUAGAUGAAUAGUUAUCAACGGCAUCUCUUGAUAGCUACUUCUACAGUAAAUUGAUCCGAGGAUGAUGAGUCGGGAAAUUGCAUCGUCCAUUUGAGCCCUUCCUCGGUGAUGAACAGUCCCCAAGUAUCAGAAGUGGAUGGGGAAAUUCAGUUCAGCACAACAUAUUAUAUUGCUGGUCAUCAUACGUGAGUGCAAAUUCUGUUUGAGUAUUUUCUCCCCUUUAACUUGAGUUUUCGCUCCCCUUUCAGUGUUUUUUUUCUUCUUCUUCCUUUUGUUCUUUUACAGGCGAAAUGUCGACAUUCCUAUUCUGAAAUUCAAAGAAUUGCAGCACAAGACUUACAUACUUGUGCCCUCAGUUGUUUCCAGCCCCGGGAUUCUGGUCACUUCAGCACCUAAAUAACAGGACAUUAGACUCUUCGAGCGAUGUUUGUCUCACUGGACUGCACUUCUACAUUCCUAAUAGCAUUAUCUUUUGGACCUUGUAAAUGCCUCAACAUUAUAUUUCUGGGUUUCGUUUUCUUGCUGGAUCUUCCAUCCACGGUUUACCAAACCAUAUAUCUACGGACAAUCUACCAAAGGUAGGAACUUCCUUAGGGUGUCUAGCUUUGAAGUAAAGUUGCUCCGCUUUCUCAUUCUAGUAGCUUUUCUUCGUGUCAUCUUUUUGCAGUUGUUAACUUCUAUGCUUGCGACAUGGAGGUCUUCCCACCAAAAACAUGACAGAGUUCAACCCUGUCUUCUACCAGACCAGACCAACUAAAUAUUGUCACCGGCCCCUCUCCUUUUUGUCCCAUGGUAAACGACGCGGCCGUCUAUUUUGUUCGUCCUUAAUUUUAUUGGUUGGGAUUCCUUCAGAUGCUUUUGUCCGUUUGAAACUACUUGUUUUCUUCCUCACUCACCCUGCUGCUAACUUGUAAUUUGGAUUCCAACCAAACUCCUUGGACGAGCAUUCGGUUGCUUCCUUGUUUUUAAGCGGUUUCUUGCGACUUGUUGUUUUCUUCUUACUAACGACAACUCUUUUGCUUUGUGAGACACUACAAGCAAAUCAGAAAUCAAUCCAUCAUUAUCAGCUUUGGACGGAAUGAACCAAGGGACUAAAACUGCUGCAUAAUCGCAGGGAAUAGAAGAAAAAAGAAAGAAACAGGUUAUUGAAUACAACUACAGCUUCUUAUCCUGUUCCAAAGAUUAGGCGAGUGGAAGGUUAUUCUCGCGCAUCAAUGUUAGGUGGGCACGCCCUUUAAAUGUUUCGAUGAUUUCCAGGAGCUAGCAUUUGUUUGGCCAUGGAUAUGCCCCCGGUAUAAACAGCAGCCAACCUGGUGUUGAUUUGAUCUCAGGAAAUCACCAAAAAUCACAAGUGUGCGGAGGAAAGCAAGCCAUGGCAUGCACUUCAGUGGCGGCAUCUCCCGCAGCUACAGGUUCUAGAACGCAGCACUUGCUCAAAGAGCACUACAACUGGCUCCGUCGUUCGGAUUCAGGCAAAGACUUGAGGAGGAGUCGACAAGCUAACAUCCGGAGGUCGCAUUCUGUCGAUCACCUGUUAUUGUGCAAAUCUGUCAACUGCAACAAUACACGUGCCUGCUCAUCAGUGCAGCCGAAAUUGAAGAGCAUAGAGGAGGAUGGUGAUAAGGAGGUCGCCAGUACUAGUGGAGCUCAGAGGUCGGAACAAGAGAGCAAUGAAAUGAUAAGUCACGGCGAACACAUCAACGAGGGAGUUAAGAGAGCGAAUUGGGUGGAGAGGCUCUUAGAAAUCAGAAGCCAUUGGAGGAGGAAUAUUAGACAACAGAAGAAAGAGGACCAUGACAUGGCCAUCGACUCUUCCUCUUCUUCUGAUCAUCACGUGGACAAAAUAGGCUGUGACUGUGAUGGUUUUGAUGGUGAUGAUGAAAAUUCUGGUUGCAUGGUGGAUUACAACAGCUCAGAAGAAGAAGAAGACAGGUACUAUAACAAAGAGACCUUCUCCAGACUCUUGGCACAUGUUCCUUGGUCCGACACUAAGCUCUUCUCCAAAUUGGCUUUCCUGUGCAACAUGGCUUAUGUUAUAUCUGACAUUAAGGCCAAUGAUCUGAAACGACAUUAUGGGAUCCAGUUUGUGACAUCAUCUUUGGAAAAGAAAGCUGAGGUGGCUACAAUGAAAGCAAAGCUUGAUAAUGGAGAUUCUACUUGUGUUUUACCUCCAAUCGUUGAGCAACCUAGUGAGGACCAAGAAGAACACAAGUGUCGUCCAGAAGUUGCUUAUGAGAUUGCCGUUUCUGCAGCUUCUUAUGUUCAAUCACGGGCAAAGGAAAUUAAUCCAGAUCAAAGCUCUUCUUAUUCAAACCAACCUCAUCCAUUGUACAAAAAGUCGUCGCCAGAGGUGGCAGCAUAUGUUGCUGCAUCAACUAUGACGGCAGUUGUGGCAGCAGGGGAGAAGGACAAACAGGAGACUGCAAACAACCUCCAGUCCCUCCAGUCAUCUCCUUGUGAAUGGUUCAUCUGUGAUGAUUCCAGUACUUGCACUCGUUGUUUCGUAAUUCAAGGUUCAGACUCCUUUGCUUCUUGGCAAGCAAACCUCUUCUUUGAACCUGCCAAGUUUGAGGGAACUGAUGUGCUGGUUCACAGAGGAAUUUAUGAAGCAGCUAAGGGAAUAUAUGACCAAUUUAUGCCAGAGAUCAUGAGUCAUUUGGAGACAUAUGGAGAUCGUCGUGCAAAGCUUCAGUUUACAGGUCACUCACUAGGGGGUAGUCUAUCGCUUAUGAUCCACUUGAUGCUGUUGACAAGGAAGGUAGUUGUCAAUCCAUCUAUCCUACGACCAGUGGUCACUUUCGGCUCCCCUUUUGUGUUUUGCGGAGGUAAGAAAGUGCUCAACAGCUUGGGUUUGGAUGAAUCCCACAUCUGCUCUGUUGUCAUGCACAGGGACAUCGUCCCAAGAGCUUUCUCCUGCAACUAUCCCGACCAUGUCGCGCUGCUUCUCAAGCGUUUGAACGGAACCUUCAGGUCCCACCCUUGUCUUAAUAUGCAAAAGAGGUUGUACUCUCCUCUUGGGAAGCUGUUCAUCCUCCAGCCUGAAGAGGAAUCAUCCCCUGGACAUCCUUUAAUGCCGUCGGGAAGUGGCUUCUAUACUUUGGACGAUUCGAAGCUAGGAAACUUCUCUGACGACGACAACGACUCCAAGUCCAAGUCCUACUCCAAGGGUAGUGCCCUCAAGGCAUUUCUGAAUCUCCCCCACCCACUGGAAACUCUAAGUAACCCUACAGCAUAUGGUUCAGAAGGCACAAUCCUACGAGACCAUGAGUCGGGCAACUACCUGAAGGCGUUGCAUGAACUUGUGAGGCAAAACACAAAAACAACGACUAGGAAAGCAGUGAAGCAAGUGAGUAAUAACGUCUUGUGGCCGCUGCUAAAGGCACCCUCUCCUCAUUCGUGGGAGGAUCAAUACAACAAUGCUGGAAGUAACGCUUUCGAAGGCAACAACUUGUUGGUGAAGAAGGAAGUAAUAACUAGUAGUGUAUGAGUGCAAUUUUUUUUUUUCUAGGUUGCACUUUUGUAGUUAUUCAAUCUCAUUGCCAUCAUUUGCGUUGUUAUUUAAGAUAUCUUCCAUAUGUAAAUCUUUUAUGAUUUUUGAGCGUUACCCUUUCCUAUACUCAUUGAUAUUUUACUAUCGAGUAGAUUGCAAGUUUGGUCACCGGGAUUACUAAAAAAUUUCAUGUUUGGUUACUAAAAAUAUUUAAUUCCAUUUGUGGUCACUAAGAUUAGUUUAACAGUUCAAGUUUGGACACUCUUUGUUACUCUCCGUUAAGUUUAUCUGAUGUGACAGUCUACUCUGAUAAUUUUAAUUCCUAGAAGUUACUUUGGAGGUCCGAUACUCCGGGAGUGUAUUCAGAUCCUAGACUCUUCGUCAGUUUGUAUAGAUCCUAGACUCCUUGACCACAACGAAAUGGGUUUCUCUAGUUGUUUUGAUUCCCCAGCUCAGUGCCAGCACCAGGAGCAAUUGGUCAACAUUGGUGAUCUCGCACGCAAAGUUUGAAAGAUUGAGCGGUGGCGGCUAAGGAUUUGGAAGAGUCAGUGGCGAUCUUGUGUGCGAAGGAGUGAGCGGCGGAGAGAUCUCACAGGAAAAAGAGUGAGCGGCACUGUGAUUUCACAGGAGAAGGAAUGAGCAGUGAUGGCUAGAGAUUUAGAAGAGUCGGAGGCGAGCUUGCGGUCGGUGAAGUGAUAUCGUGUGCAAAUGAGUUCUUCGUCAUUUUUUGUUUUUUGUUUUUAAUAGUUGCAAUAAUGAGGUGGAAAUUAUAAAAUAUCAAAAUUUAU